AUGCCUGUGUACGACGUGGCUGCCAGGAAGAAGCGUCCUGCUGUCGUCAAGUUAAAUGGCACGCCAAAGGAAGUGAAUGAGAAAAAUGAAGCGAGACGUAAGGGUAAAAUGGCUCCUAAUGAUAAGAAGAAAAAUAAUGCGGAGGGAGAAAAAACUGCGGCAGUCGAAUUCAGUGAGCCGGCGCAAUGGGUGGAGCGAAUGGCUUUGACAUCUACGAAGUCCUUGCCAGCGGACCUCAAUGCUGAUGAUGACCCAAGGCGUGAAGAGGUUUUUAUUCAACAGGCCUUGUUGUCCGUUUCGCGUGGCAUUUCCCUCUUGGAAGAGGCUGCAGUACCGUGGAGGCGUCCAGCUGAUUACUACGCGGAGAUGUUUAAGGACGACGUUCAGAUGGGCCGCAUUGCGGCGGCAAUUGAGGACUCCAAGGCCCGCGUUGAAGCACAAGCCCACCGACGUGCUAUGAAGGAUCAGAAGAAGUACGGUAAGGAGGUCCAGGCGGAGCUGCUUCGCCAGCGGGCCAAAUAUAAACGAGAGAUGGGAGAACGCAUCACGGAGUGGCGGCGAAAACGGAAAGGUAACGAAGAGUUGAAAGAAAUACUGGACGACGGUGAUGCCAAGGGCAUUCAAAGUGCACAUACUGCUCACAGGGUGAGGACGCCAAAGCAAAAAAAUCUACGCCCUGGUGGCGUUGGUGGUUCCAAGCGACGCCCUGGGAAGAAUGCACGUCGUCGGCGUUAA